UACCCAGCUUUCGGGGGUUUCUAGGCGCCAAGGGGCCACCAUGGAGCCUGUAGCUCUGGCAGAACCAGUGGCGCGAGUCGGCCUGGACUUGAAUCAGGAUGGUCAAGCUGUCUACGUCGAGGGCGUGGACCGCAACAGAGAUGGCAUCCCAGAUAUCCUGCAGGCCACCAGCUAUGGACAGCCAAGAGCGCAGGCGAUCCAAAUGGCGGAGCCAUCUGGAGUUCAGGCAUCUCCCCGAAGCUCUGCACCCACGAUGGCCGAGCCGGCGCUGGCCGGAGAGACAAUGCCCAUACCCCUGCGGAUGCCAGGACCGGGACCGCCACCAGUUCGGUCGGCCAUGCCCCAGCCUUUGAGCUAUGGUGGCACAGCCACCUUUCAAGCGGCGGCUCCUCUGAUUCAGGAGGUUGUCCGGGAGGUGCCAGUGAGGAAACGAGAACUCCACACGAUUUACCGAGAGAAACCUCAGGUGGAGUAUGUGGAGAAGACCGUGGACGUGCCCAAGGUGGAGGUCCAGGAGAGGCUGGUGGAAGUACCACAAGUACUGCUGCACGAGCCGGGCAGCUUGGAGAU